GCUCUGCGCCGGCGCCUGCGCCCGGUCGUGCUGCAGCGCGGCUACCGAGGGGACUCCCCGUCGGAGUCCGGGAAGGAUUUGCUGGAGAUCCCAUUGCCCCCCUGGCAGGAGCGUCCGGAUGAGCCUCUGGAGACCAAGAGAGCCCGGCUGCUGUAUGAGAGCCGCAAGAGGGGGAUGCUGGAGAACUGCAUCCUGCUCAG